CUUAGCCAUAAGGUCCGCGGUUGCCGGCGCUUGCUGGAGUUUCAGGCUAGCCGCUUCUGGUGGGAUGAAAGCGGGACUCUCGAAUGCGUUUCAACAGUCAUACUUCGUUACAGAUUAUGAUCCAACAAUUGAAGAUUCUUACACAAAACAAUGUGUAAUAGAUGAAAGAGCAGCAAGAUUAGAUAUUCUAGAUACAGCAGGCCAAGAAGAAUUUGGAGCCAUGCGGGAGCAGUAUAUGAGAACAGGAGAAGGCUUUCUGCUUGUCUUCUCAGUCACAGAUAGAGGAAGUUUUGAAGAAAUUUAUAAAUUUCAAAGACAGAUUCUUAGAGUAAAAGAUCGUGAUGAGUUCCCUAUGAUUCUAGUUGGAAACAAAGCGGACCUGGACCAUCAGAGACAGGUAACACAGGAGGAAGGUCAGCAACUAGCACGGCAGUUGAAAGUAACCUAUAUGGAAGCUUCAGCAAAAAUACGGCUCAACGUAGAUCAAGCUUUUCAUGAACUUGUCCGAGUUAUAAGGAAAUUUCAAGAACAAGAAUGUCCUCCUUCCCCAGAACCAGCAAGGAAGGAGAAGGACAAGAAAGGGUGCCACUGUGUCAUCUUCUAAAAAUCCUUUAAAACAAGCUAUCAACUGCCAGAUUAAUUCUCCUCACUUUUCUUUCUGUGUGUCUUGGUGUUUUGUCUCGCUUUAUAUGUGCAUGUUGUAUAAAUGGUCACCAAAAUAGCCUUAGUUGAAAAGAAUCAGACUGAUCCAGACCUGGAAGACACCUUAGUCAUCUCACAUCAGAGGUCAAAUUACUAAGGCUUCUUUGAAUACUCCCGAAUUCUUUUUCCCUUGAGUCAAGAAACUUGCACUUUGUGGAGUUUUAUUCACAAUGGACAGAAAGUAGUUUUAGGAGUCUAUUGAGGUCAAGCUUAAAAUGGCUGUAUGGGUAUUUCCCCCCCCCCCCCCGCUAGUGAGAUCUUUGUUGAUCAUACUUGAGAGAAAGUCCUCUAAUCAAUAUGUAGAGUAUUUUUUUAAAGAGUAGAUUUGGAGGUUUUACCCUUUAAUUAGAUUAGACAACAAAAUUCAGCUUGCCUUACAGGAAGCCAAUACACUGAAUUUCAUUGGCAAAGUUUUGUGUUACAGCUCUUGUUUAUGCUGCAGUUUUUUCCAGUGCUCAACUGUCUACUGUAUUUAUUUUAUGGCUCCAGCAAUAGCUACAGGAUUAUUAGUAUUACAGCUUUAUGGCCAAAUACCUGGGUUCAUUAUGGACUGGAGCAUUUCAGUUUUAGAAGAUAUUACAUCAUGGUUUGGAAUAAAAUUGUGUCUUCCUUUUGUAUUUCCAGGUAAGAGAUUCCAGAAAAAUUAACCUGUAGCUUUUGUUUUUCAUGUAAUAUAAAAAGAGGAUUUUGCUCUUUUCAUUGUCAGAUGAUUAAAUGUUUUUUGCUAUAUACUUUUAUACAUUAUUUUCUUAUCAAACUAGUUAACAAGUAUUUUUAUAUGUUUGUAAGCAAAUAUGCUUUCAUGGCAUAAGUUGUGUAUAUGUAAAGAUGAGUAUUUAAUUCUCACAGUAUACUUUUAACUGAUGGAAUUACGUAAUGCAAGAUUUGUAGAACUGUGGUAGAAUCUCUUUUCUGUUCCAGUUGUACCGAGUAAUGGCAGGCAGAUGUCUGCCCAAUAUACAGUAUCCAUUAUGGUAUCAUGUUCUUCAAAACAACUUCCCUAUCCUUCACAAAUGAUUGACCAUUAUAUAACUAUUAAACUGUACAAAUGUUUAACUGAAUGUUCAGUUCAGUUGUGGGCAAUAUCCAUCUUUAAAGUAUGCCAACCAUGGUUAAGAAUUUUGGGGUUAUUUUGUGGCAUUACAUACUUAGUGGGAUUGACAAUUUGUCGUCUUUCUGAAAUUGUAAAAGAGUGCCAUCCUGUUUGGUUAUUCAGUAUACUCUUACAUAAUUUCAGCAGCUAGAACCGAAGGUGAUAAUUCACAGAUCCACAAUGGGGAGGUGAAAAAAAAGACCUGAAAUGACCAUUUUCAGGCUGAAGUUACUUAAAAGCAGGCCAAUUAGAAUGUUCCAAAUUCACCCAAUGUAAAACUGAGCAGAGCUGCUUCAUAAUCUCCAUUAUGUUGCGAGCGGAUAUGAAACAAACUACUGAAACAGAACUUGAACAUAAAACAUUUUAAAACUGCACAUGCAUCCACAGCACGGUUGCAGACAGAGGCCCUGGUUCUUCCCGAUUCAGUUCCUGGCACUGUAGUUAUAUUUAAAAAAAUAAAUAAAGCCUCAACUCCCUCUGACAUUAGGGACAUACCCAUAUAAUUUUGGCAACAAUAAAAGAAAUGAUGUGCCACUACUACUUCCUGAGGUUUUUGUUUUUGUUUUUUUAACUUUCCAGACAAAAAUGCAGCGUAAUAUUUUCUGGGGGUCUUUCCUAAGGGACUAACCAAAUAUGACCUCGCUUAGCUUUUUGAGAUCAGCUAAGUGGGUACAUGUAAGCUGCCAUCUACAAAGCAGUGUUAACUGGAGCAAGCAGGAUAAAUAACUUAAUGUAAACACACUUGCUGUUCUUGUAGAAGGAGAACAACAUUAGUGUAUGGUGGCCAAAAAUCAGGAAUCUCCUAGCACCUUUUCCAACUAACAAAUGUUAAUUGGAAAAGGUGCUACUGGAUUCCUGAUGUUUUGCUCUUCCUUGAUGAUUAACUUGAUGAUUGAUAUAUACAUAAAAGUGCACAGUUAUAUUGAAGUCCCAUGCUUCAGUUUGUUUUUGGCAUUCCUGUACUGAUAACAGUCAGUACAGAGUUUUCCUCAUGUUGCAAAAUCAAUUAUCUCAUUACCGUGAUUGUAGAACUUUCUUAAGACAACAUUGUGCAAACUUUAUGGAAUGCAGAAAAAUCCUCUUCAUGUGAUGACUUAACAAUCAUGUCUUCUCCUGCCCUCUGCCCCAUCUCAAAGCACCCAGCACCUGUCCACAACCAGAUAAAUCAGGCCCAAUUGAUGUGGCUUUCUUAGAGCAUUGCUAGGUUGCAAAAAUAUAAAAAUUUUAUGAAACUA